AAUGGGGACGGGGCUGUGUUGAGAGUAAUGUUACCAGUGCUGAGAGUGUGAGGAGGCUGCGUAUCGAUCCCGCUCUCACAGCCAUUGCGGUGCACCGGGCUACACAGGGACCCAGGCAGCGCUGGGGCCGGGCGGGCGGCCGGGGUAGCGUCGCGGGGGCUCGGGGCCGAGCGAGGGCUGCGUGCCGACUCUGACACGGAAAAUCAUCAAAAAUGGGCAAAGGCGAUCCUAAGAAGCCGAGAGGUAAAAUGUCUUCAUACGCCUUCUUUGUGCAAACCUGCCGGGAGGAGCACAAGAAGAAACAUCCAGAUGCUUCAGUGAACUUUUCAGAGUUCUCAAAAAAAUGCUCAGAACGAUGGAAGACUAUGUCUUCUAAGGAGAAAGGGAAGUUUGAAGAUAUGGCAAAGGCUGACAAGCUUCGUUACGAAAAAGAAAUGAAAAACUAUGUACCACCUAAGGGGGAAACAAAAAAGAAGUUCAAGGAUCCAAAUGCACCGAAGAGGCCUCCUUCGGCUUUUUUCUUGUUUUGCUCUGAGUUUCGUCCAAAAAUCAAAGGAGAACAUCCUGGUCUGUCCAUUGGGGAUGUCGCAAAGAAACUGGGAGAGAUGUGGAACAACACCGCUGCAGAUGAUAAACAGCCUUAUGAAAAAAAGGCUGCUAAACUGAAGGAGAAGUAUGAAAAGGAUAUUGCUGCAUACCGGGCCAAAGGGAAGGUUGAUGCAGGCAAAAAAGUAGUUGCCAAGGCUGAGAAGAGCAAGAAGAAGAAGGAGGAGGAGGAAGAUGAGGACGAAGACGAAGAGGAUGAAGAUGAUGAAGAAGAGGAAGAGGAGGAGGAUGAAGAUGAUGAUGAUGAUGAAUAAGUCUCUUUUAGAGCAAUUUCUUUCUUGUCUAUAAAGCAUUUAACCCCCCUGUACACAACUCACUCCUUUUAAAGAAAAAAAAAAAUUGAAAUGUAAGGCUGUGUAAGAUUUGUUUUUAAACUGUACAGUGUCUCUUUUUUUGUAUAGUUAACACACUACCGAAUGUGUCUUUAGAUAGCCCUGUCCUUAGUGGUAUUUCAAUGGCCACUAACCUUGCCUGGUACAGUGUGGGGGUUGUAAAUUGGCAUGGGAGUUUUAAAGCAGGUUCUUGUUGGUGCACAGCACAAAUUAGUUAUAUAUGGGGAUGUAGUUCAUUUUUCAUCUUCAGUUGUCUCCGAUGCAUCCUAAAAAUAAUUGUCGUUCUGUUAACUGAAUACCACUCUGUAAUUGCAAAAAGGAAAAAAAAGAGUUGCAGCUGUUUUGUUGACAUUCUGAAUGCUUCUAAGUAAAUACAAUUUUUUUUAUUAG